GAGGUUUAUUGGGAGAAGGAAGAGGAGUGAGGGCCUGAGAAAGGGAUAGAGGCAGACUAGUGAUCUGUAGCCGGUCAGACAGACAGGAGCAAAGCCCUGAGGCAGAGAGAAGGGGAGGGGGUCGCUGGCAAUAGAUAGCCGCUGAGUGGCAGAGGGUGGAGGUCCUUUUAUACGCAGCACGCAGUUGCUAGGUCCCUGGUGGCAGACCAGUAGAAUGCCUGUAUACCAGUAGGAGCCAAAUCAUGACACCCUGCCCCAACUCCACCCCACCAAAAAACAGUGACUUCAUGCUUUCUCCCUCAGUUGGUGUUCAUUUGUAUUUGUUACUUGUUUUGAGGCUCAUUUGCAAUUAUCCCUUUAGAUAUUUCGUUUCGUUUUACACAGGGAUAGGUAGCCCAGGGUGACCUGGGACUCACCACAUUGCAUCCCCACCCCCCACCCCCCGAUUCAGCCUCCCAGGUUUUGGAGUUGUGGGCUACCACCAUUGGCAGGUAACCUUUUAUUGUUUUGCAGUCUUCCUCCACAAUGCCCUUUGAUUACUACAGUGCCCCCACCCACUCCUUGUCGCCUGCGUGAGUCACUCCAAGCGGACUCUUAUCUGAAGGACAUUUGAAGCUGGGCGGAUGACAGUACUUGAUAAAAAGGCGUUGCAGCUGGAGAACCCAGCAUCUCUCGAAAAACAAUUACGCAAGUUCGGUCACUAGAUCCCGCGAUCGGGAACACCCCUCCAGCCACACUCUCCCCGACCCCGGGCUUCCGCCCUGGCCGGCGCAUUUAUCUGACGUCCCAAAUGCGCCAUUUCACUGUAUCUUCGGGCGGCACCACCCCCUUGGCCGUCUACACGCGCGUAGGAACGAAUAGUCUCUGGACGCCGGAAAUCCGGGACACGUGACCAGGUGACAGCCCUCGCUCGGUGGCGGGGCUCGCUUGAGGUGCUGCGGCACGGGAUGGCGGAGGCGCCUCCGGUCUCAGGCACUUUUAAAUUUAAUACAGAUGCUGCUGAGUUCAUUCCGCAGGAGAGAAAAAAUUCUGGUCUAAAUUGUGGGACCCAAAGAAGACUAGAUUCUAAUAGGAUUGGCAGAAGAAAUUAUAGUUCCUCACCUCCCUGCCACCUUCCUAGACACAUCCCUUACGAUGAUGUCUCUGCUGUUCACCAGCACGGUUAUGCCUCCGGAAGCAAGCCUAAGAGUCCACAGGGUUUUUUCCAGUCAUCUAAUAAAUCACUCAAGAACCAUGGGCUUCAGAAUCAGCCAUGGCAGAAAUUAAGGAAUGAAAAGCACCAAAACAGAAUCAAGAAAGCACAAGGGCUCACUGAGCAGACGUCAGAUACAUCCAGUUUAGAAAGCGUAGCCAGAUCCGAGAGUGGAACAAACCCUAGAGAACACAGCCCUUCUGAGAGCGAGAAGGAGGUAGUUAUUGCAGAUCCCAGGGGAGCGAAACCCAAAAAAGCCACGCAGCUUACAUACAACUAUGGCCGAGGGCCAAAGGCCAAAGGGAGACUCAGAAGCGAGUGGGGUAACAGAAUGAGCCCAAAGUCUGAGGAUGAAAAUGCCAGACCUGUGGCCAUUUCCCACUCUGACUCUUCAGAAGCCUCCUGUAGAAAACCUGUAGUGGAUCCAUGUGUGUGCAGACGGAGUGAGCAGAGAAGAUAUCCCCAGAAAAGGCCUCCCUGGGAAGUAGAGGGGGCCAGACCACGGCCAGGCAGGAACCCACCGAAACAGGAGAGUCAGCGGCAUAUAAAUGCAGGGCCCAAAAACAACAUGCCCCCCCUUCCAAAGGAUAAUCUCAGAGAGAGGCCAACGAAGUCAGCCUGUGACACUGGGAAUUUGGCAGUUGUCACCAAGUCUUCCAGAAGAGUUGACCAAGAGAAAAAUGCUGGAAGGAGACAGGAUCCUCAAGUGCUGUCUCCUUUUCCCAGAGGCAAGCAGAACCAUAUGCUGAAGAAUGUGGAAACUCAUACAGGUUCCCUGAUUGAGCAGCUAACUACAGAAAAGUACGAGUGUAUGGUGUGCUGCGAGUUGGUUCAGGUCACAGCCCCGGUGUGGAGCUGCCAGAGCUGUUUCCAUGUCUUUCAUCUGAACUGCAUCAAGAAAUGGGCUCGCUCUCCAGCGUCCCACGCAGAUGGCCAGAGUGGUUGGAGGUGCCCCGCUUGUCAGAAUGUUUCUGCACAUGUUCCCAGUACCUACACUUGUUUCUGUGGCAAAGUAAAGAACCCUGAAUGGAGCAGAAAUGAAAUUCCGCACAGUUGUGGUGAAGUUUGUAGAAAGAAACAGCCUGGCCAGGACUGUCCACAUUCCUGUAAUCUUCUCUGCCAUCCUGGACCCUGCCCACCCUGCCCUGCUUUUACAACUAAAACAUGUGAAUGUGGACGGACCAGGCACACGGUUCGCUGUGGUCAGCCUGUCUCAGUCCACUGUUCUAAUGUGUGUGAGAAUAUUUUGAACUGUGGUCAGCACCGCUGUGCUGAGCUGUGCCAUGCGGGUCAGUGCCAGCCUUGCCGGAUCAUAUUGAACCAGGUGUGCUACUGUGGCAGCACCUCCCGAGAUGUGUUGUGUGGAACCGAUGUGGGCAAGUCUGAUGGAUUUGGGGACUUCAGCUGUUUAAAGAUAUGUGGCAAGGACUUGAAAUGUGGGAGCCAUACCUGUUCUCAGGUUUGCCACCCUCAGCCCUGUCAGCCUUGCCCAAGGCUCCCCCAUUUGGUGCGAUAUUGCCCUUGCGGCCAAACACCUCUCAGCCAGUUGCUGGAACAUGGAAGUAAUGGUCGGAAGACGUGCAUGGAUCCUGUUCCUUCCUGUGGAAAAGUGUGUGGCAAACCCUUGUCCUGUGGGUCCUCAGAUUUCAUCCACACCUGUGAAAAGCUCUGCCAUGAGGGAGACUGUGGGCCGUGCUCGCGCACAUCAGUCAUUUCCUGCAGAUGCUCCUUCAGAACAAAGGAGCUCCCGUGUACCAGUCUUAAAAGUGAAGAUGCUACAUUCAUGUGUGACAAGCGGUGUAACAAGAAACGAUUGUGUGGACGGCAUAAAUGUAACGAGAUCUGCUGUGUGGACAAGGAGCACAAGUGUCCUUUGAUUUGUGGGAGGAAACUCCGUUGUGGCCUUCAUCGGUGUGAAGAACCUUGUCACCGAGGGAACUGUCAGACCUGCUGGCAAGCCAGCUUUGAUGAAUUAACCUGCCAUUGUGGCGCCUCUGUGAUCUACCCACCAGUUCCCUGUGGGACUAGGCCUCCUGAGUGUACCCAGACCUGUGCGAGGAUCCAUGAAUGUGACCAUCCAGUAUAUCAUUCUUGUCAUAGUGAGGAGAAGUGUCCCCCUUGUACUUUCCUAACUCAGAAGUGGUGCAUGGGCAAGCAUGAGUUACGAAGCAACAUCCCCUGUCACCUGGUUGAUAUCUCUUGCGGAUUACCCUGCAGUGCCAUGCUACCCUGUGGGAUGCACAAAUGUCAAAGACUCUGUCACAAAGGAGAAUGUCUUGUGGAUGAGGCCUGCAAGCAGCCCUGUACCACACCCAGAGCUGACUGUGGCCACCCAUGUAUGGCUCCCUGCCACCCCAGUUUACCCUGCCCUGUGACAGCUUGUAAAGCCAAGGUAGAGUUACAGUGUGAAUGUGGAAGAAGAAAGGAGAUGGUGAUUUGCUCUGAAGCAUCCGGGACUUAUCAAAGGAUAGCUGCCAUUUCGAUGGCCUCUAAAAUAACGGACAUGCAGCUUGGAGACUCAGUGGAGAUCAGCAAGUUCAUUACCAAGAAGGAAGUCCAACAAGCCAGGUUGCAGUGUGAUGAGGAGUGUGCUGCCCUGGAAAGGAAAAAGAGAUUGGCAGAGGCAUUCGACAUCACUGAUGACUCUGAUCCUUUCAACGUACGCUCUUCAGCAUCGAAAUUCAGUGACAGCCUGAAAGACGAUGCCAGGAAAGACUUCAAGUUUGUCAGUGACAUCGAGAAGGAAAUGGAAGCGCUUGUGGAGGCCGUGAAUAAGGGAAAGAGUAAUAAGAAAAGCUACUGCUUCCCUCCCAUGAACAGAGACCACCGCCGCAUCAUCCAUGACCUAGCCCAGGUUUAUGGCCUGGAGAGUGUGAGCUAUGACAGUGAACCAAAGCGCAAUGUCGUGGUCACUGCCAUCAGGUGGGUUGACCUUGCUGUCACAGGCCCGACACUGGGAGUCACUGUGUACUUUUAUUAUUUCUUCUUCCUCCAGGGAUUGGAAGAGAAAGCAUUUCUCCGAACAGUCUUUUCACCAUUACCUAAAGAUCCAGGCCAGAGAGCAAAGCCCACACCUCACCGCACAGGGCAGGUCCACCCUAGUCCCCAGGUCACCUCACUGCACAGGGCAGGUCCACCCUAGUCCCCAGGUCACCUCACUGCACAGGGCAGGUCCACCCUAGUCCCCGGGUCUCCUCACUGCACAGGGCAGGUCCACCCUAGUCCCCGGGUCUCCUCACUGCACAGGGCAGGUCCACCCUAGUCCCCGGGUCUCCUCACUGCACAGGGCAGGUCCACCCUAGUCCCCGGGUCUCCUCACUGCCCUGAUGCCUCGCAGACACCAGAGGUGGCCUCUCUGCAGGUGGAGGAGUUUGAGCAAUGUGUGCUCGUCAUGUCUGUGCUCUACCCCGUCUCCUGCUUCUCCCCCCGACUCUAAUCUUGGCAGUGGUGGGAACAGAAAGCAUGCUGUACUCUCACUCUGUGUUGUCAUCAGAGAAAAUGGAGGUGGAGGUGUGAGACAGGAAGGGACGAGAAGGACCUAGAAUCACCAUCUGACCCUGAGGGUGUUGGGAGAACUUCUCAGGGAAAAAAGAGGGAAGUGUGGCAUUGGGGGAAGUGGGCAGCAGGUCUGUCAGGUGGGCAGGAGGGACAAGAGGGAAUGCUCGUGAUUCUCUCUCCUCAGCACUCUGCUUUACUCCUCACAGAGGGAAGUCCAUCUGUCCUCCUACCACGCUGACCAGUGUUAUUGAAAGGGAGACACAGACACGGCCUCCACCACCAAUUCCUCAUCACCGACACCAAGCAGACAA